AUGGCGUCCACCACCGAGACAACCUCGAACAAGGCCCUGUACGACGGCGUCGACGGCUCGCCCGUGCAGACGCACGUCUACAGCGAGGGCGACGCGCGGGCGGCCACCACCACCGAGAACCAGGCCGUCGCCGAGGGCCUGCAGCAGAUCCAGGCCAGGAAGGUCCACUGGUACUCGUACUUCACCACCUGGGACUUCUGGACGCUGAUCCUGCUGGGCCAGCUGCUGACCCUGUGCAACACGGCCACCAGCACCUUCACCUCGUUCCUGGUCGAGUGGGGCACCUCCAUCCCGGCCUUCCAGACCUUCUUCAACUACGUGCUGCUGAGCGCCGUCUACGUCCCCUACAUGUUCUACCGCUACGGCUGGCGCAAGGUCGGCCGCGUCGCCCUCUCGGACGGCUGGAAGUACUUCAUCCUGGCCUUCCUCGACGUCGAGGGCAACUACUUCACCGUCCUGGCCUACCGCUACACCAACAUCCUGUCCGCCCAGCUCAUCAACUUCUGGUCCAUCGUCUGCGUCGUCGUCGUCUCCUUCACCCUGCUCAAGGUCCGCUACAAGCUCUUCCAGAUCCUGGGCAUCCUCGUCGCCUGCGGCGGCAUGGGCAUGCUGCUGGGCAGCGACGCCAUGACCGGCUCCAACAACUUCUCCACCCCGGACAUGCUCAAGGGCGACCUCUUCUGCCUGGCCGGCGCCACCUUCUACGGCCUCAGCAACGUCUUCGAGGAGUGGUGCGUCUCGCGCCGCCCCGUCUACGAGGUGCUGAGCUUCAUGGGCCUGCUGGGCAUGUGCAUCGGCGGAGCCACCGCCGGCAUCUUCGACAGGCAGACCUUCCAGGAGGCCACCUGGAACGGCCCCGUCAUCGGCUACGUCGUCGGCUACACCCUGUGCCUCUUCGUCUUCUACUCGCUCGCGCCCCUCAUGUUCCGCAUGGGCUCCGCCGCCUUCUUCGACAUCAGCCUGCUGACCGGCAACUUCUGGGGCGUCAUCAUCGGCAUCCACGUCUUCGGCUACGCCGUCCACUACCUGUACCCCGUCGCCUUCGUGCUCAUCAUCCUCGGCCUCGUCGUCUACUUCCUCGCCGGCAGCAUGCUCGGCGACUCGAAGAAGCCCUGGCUCGGCGACAACCAGGAGGGCGGCGUUGCUGGCAUCGGGACUGCCAAGCUCAAGGCGCUCAAUGAGGCAAGGAAGCAGGGCCUCAUCGCUGAUGAGCGGGUGUAG